AUGUAUAGUGUCAGGGAAGGGUUGGCUCGAUAUGCAGUAGCUGAGGUGGAGUUCUUUAAUGGUAUGUCGCCACAAGACAGAAAGAUGAUCACAGACAACGGCAGCCAGACGCUUGAAGAUUGCUUGCUGUAUGGAGAAAUAGGGUUUGUGGUUGCUGGACUGAAGCCAUGUGUGCUGGUUCAGUUUAGCUGCCCAGAGCGAAUGAACGGACUUUACAGACAAAAGGUUAUCGACCCCUUGGCAGACGAAUUGGGUCUGCGGACCAGAGUAUUGGGUUGCCUGGAAAGUGAGGAGAUGAAUUUGACAGGUGGAUUGAUUGUGGAUCUUGUUGAAUGCCAUGAAAAUAAAGAUAAGAAUAGAAUUGUGGAUGAACUGUGGAGUUGUGGAUCGACUAUUGGUGAGGACAGACUGGCUAGGAUUCUUGAUUAUCCAGGAUCGUUACCAAGGUCAGAACAAGAUAUUUUGACAAUGCUAGAGGUUGCGUAUGUGGACAGUCGGCGAGGAUGCGUGGUGACGACGUUUGCUGCCCAGACCAGAGAAGAACAGAAAGUUAGAACCCACUUUGAACGCUAUAGAAUGCAAUGCAAAGAUCUAUUUGGCAUUGAUUUGCAGUUAAUUAUCCGCCGCCCACAGCUAUAA